CGAGAAAAUACUGCUCGGCAUUCAGUCAGUAUCCAUUGGUAACUUUACACGUAAUCGGUGAACCGUCAUUUAAAAUUCAGAAAAAUGAUAGAGGCAACAUUAACCAGUUGUGAUAUAUACGAUAUAAGAUUUCUUACAUCAAAAAACUUGGAUGGAAGCGAUGCGAUGCAUACCAGUCCCAACUAUUCUUGCGCAUACGUUGUAAUAAAAACAAACACAGGACAUGAAGGAUAUGCUCCUUCAUUUACUCUGGGAAAGGGAACUGACAUCCUUGUGUUAGCGAUUAAGACCAUAUUUGAUAUCAUAAAAAAUCGUACAACAACAUACAUUUAUAACAACUUCGCGGAAAUAUGGAAAAACUUGGCAUGCCACCCGCAACUCCGUUGGCUUGGACCAGAAAAAGGUAUAAUACAUACAGCUACAGGAGCUAUUGUAAACGCAUUGUGGGACUUGUGGGCACGUCUAGAGAAUAAACCACUCUGGAAGCUUCUUGUAGACAUGUCGCCUAAGCAGCUGGCUUCCACUAUCGACUUUAAAUACAUUUCCGACGCGAUAAAUGAAGAGGAGGUGAUAGAAAUGCUUGAGAAAAACAUGCCGCGUAAAGCAGAGCUGGAGGCAGAUUUAAGAGAGAAUGGCUACCCCGCGUAUACAACUCAGGUCGGAUGGUUGGGCUACAGCGAUGAGAAAAUCGAGAAGCUUUGCAAGGAGUAUAUGGAUCUUGGUUUUACGGCUUUCAAAGUGAAAGUCGGUAAGGACAUAAACGAUGACAUUAGACGGUGUGCCAUGGUGCGCAAUACGAUAGGCGAUGAGAAUCAAUUGAUGAUGGACGCGAACCAAUUCUGGGAGACAGAUACGGCGAUCAAGAAUAUGAAACUAUUGGCACCAUUUAAACCCAUUUGGAUAGAGGAGCCGACAAAUCCCGAUGAUGAAUAUGGGCACAUUGAAGUACAAGUGGCUCUAAAGAAGUUAGGCAUCGGAUUGGCCACCGGCGAAAUGUUCGAGAAUCGCUUGAAGUUCAAGUCGUUCUUAAACUUUCGAAUAAUGGACUAUUGUCAGAUCGACGCGUCGAGAGUUGGCGGGAUCAAUGAAAUCUUAAGUAUAUAUUUCAUGGCAAAGAGAUACAAGAUACCAGUAUGCCCCCAUGCCGGUGGGGUGGGUUUGUGCGAAAUGGUUCAGCAUCUCCAAAUGUGGGACUAUAUUUGCUUGAGUCAGACCAAAGAAAAUCGUAUGAUAGAAUAUGUAGAUCAACAGCACGAACAUUUUGAAAAUCCUGUCUGCAUCAAAAACGCCUGUUAUAUGCCACCUACAUUGCCUGGAUACUCAACCAAGAUUAAGGAUGAGUGUAUCGUCGAAUAUGGUUAUCCAAGGGGCACAAAAUGGCAGGAGCUUAGAAGAUUUAUGCUUCCUACUAUCCCAUACGAUCAGCUCGUAGACUCUAUCUUUGACAACUCUGACUAUAUGGAGCUUUACAACUCUCCCUACACAUCUGACGGCUCUGACUCUGACGACUCUGACGACCCUGACCGUCAACGAAGCCGUCCUAUUGUGAAAUACUCUUUGGAAUACUUACGCGCAUAAAUUAAUUGCAUGAUGAAAUCACGCUAUAAAAAAUAUGCGCUGGUGUUUUGCAUCAAAUAUAUAGCGAGAAAAAAGUACAUAUUUUUAUAAAACAUUUAUACUUGGUUUAAUAUAAAAAAGUAUGUAAUAUUUUCUAAUUCAAUAAACAUAUCUUAUUAAUCUUUGGCAAA